GCAGAUGACCUGUAACUGGGCGUUUUACAUGCCCUCUUUGACCCUGGCCUAUAAAUACUGAAGUAAGCCCAAACUUUUCUUCAACCCUCACAUUCCCUCCCUCAAAUCAAAUAAUUAAACACGCAAGGAAUUAACCCAAGAGCACAUCAAUGGCGGAAGCUUGUAGUUUCCUUUGCACUUUUCUUUUGAUUCUCUUCACCAUUAAUGUACUGUCCUCUUUAAGUGUACCUGCAAUGGCGGCCGGGCGUGGCAUCCCCAACCAGGCCGACGACAUCAACAGGGCGUCCAAGAAUGUGGACGAGAAACUUCAUCCUGAGUUUCUCCACGGUUACGACGGAACCGUCUUGAUUCCCGGCUUCGGCCGCGUAGUCAUCCCGCCCAAGGGUCAAAUAGUGGACCCAUUCAACUACAACCCCAUCACUGGCAAAAGCGGCGGCGGAACUGGCGCCAUCAACCCCUUCGAUGGCAUUAUAGGCGGCGGCUCCGGCUAUGUUCCCGGCGGAGAUGACACUCUCCUCCCUAACCCCGGUGUGGAGGUACCCAACCCGCCUGUAGCAGCUGGCGGUGGCGGCGAUGAUGCUGGCAGCCUCUCUCCUCCGGCUCGUCACUGAUGAAUGGAUUUGAUAUACGUACGUAGGGAGUGGUGAAUAAGAAGCUGUUGUAGAAGCUUAGCUUGCGUAAUAAUGGCAUGCAGAUUUGAAGGUAUCUUGGCCUGGCUGGUUAUUCAUCGAGUGCUCGUUCAUUUAUCAAGUAUCAGUGGUUUUACGUAGUUAUUUUAGGAAUCAUGCAUCGAUUUCUUGCAACUGUCAUAUUGUGUACUUUAAUUUGGUUGAGGUUACUUAAUUACUUCAUUAAUUCUAUGUUGGAGUUCAAGCUAUGGGUAUUUAGAUUCAUACGCAGCCCGGUCCUGACAUUUUAUGGACCCGGAGUGAUACAUAUAGAGUAGGACUUAACAAUAAUAUCACUUUUUUCACUUUUUAAAAUUUCUUUCAAAAAUAGACUCAUAACAUGUUUCUUUCACAAAUACACCGUCAAUGCAAGAUCCACUCACUGGAGUAUAUAAUUCAAAGAAUCGUGCGUAAGGAUCCAUCUCUACUUCUCCGUGUGCUCUACGCCCCGUCGCCCACUAUUGAUAAACUAAUACGGAGUACUACGAACAAGCUCAAUAUUUAUUCAAUUUAUGUUUUUGAAUAGUACAAAUGUAAAAAUUUGUGAAAAUGCAAAAAUAUUAAAUAAAAAAUAGUAAUAAGAGUAAUAAGAAUAAAUAUAAAAAUUAUAAAAAAGUAUCCAAGUUGAGGAAAAAUAAGAAGGCAUAAUUACAAAUACAAAGUCUAAAACUUCUAAUUGAGUCUAAAUAAUAUAAAAAAUAUUUAAAUUUAAAGAAAUAUAGUCAAAAAAAUGUUAAAUUAAUUAUUGAAAACUUAAAAAUACAGAAAUAAAAAAUAAUAAUGAAACACACUUUAAAGUAGUUUUACAAUUUAAAAAGAGUUCGUAUACCCCAUAUAAACCGAGAUUUUAAUGAAACUACAACAAACAAGGAAAAAUAUAGAAAUAUAAAUAUUACAAUGUAAGAAAUGGAAACAUUUCUCAAAAUUAAAAAAAUGUAAAUUAUUCUUUAGAAAAUUUAAAAGCAAAAAUAUAAAAGUAAAAAAUUAUAAAUUGUAUAUAUACAAUUAAAAAUGAAAACAAAUACUCCGUAUAAUUUAAAGCACAAAACAAAAAAAAG